AUGUUUCAAUCUGCUCGUUCACUAUUUGAAAAUAAAGAACCUGACUCUUUGAUUAUUUUAUCAAAUAAAGAAGUAAAUAAAACAGAAUCAGAAUUACAGAAUAAAAUUGAAUAUUAUAAAAAUAAGGGAACUGUAAAAAAUACUGUUAAGGCAACUAGAAAUUGGGUUACUCAAUUAGAAAUAUUUCACAAAUUACAAGGCUAUGAUACUCCAAUUGAAAUGAUAACUGAUAUUGA